AUGGUUGAGGUUUACGAUCACUACUCCUCCGGUGCAAGCCAUACUUCCUCGCCAGAGCUCGCCAGGAUGCUACCUGACGGGCAGUACUGGCCCAACCGCGCCGGGUAUCCCGAGUGGGGAUAUAACGUCAACCAGGCCGCGCCGUAUCCCGCCCCUUCGUCACUAGACGGAGUGUCUCCCCCACCCGCCGUACCCCUCGACUUCGGCGUCCCCACCUCUCUCCCUCCCCCUUCUACUGCCUCUUCGUCCUCGUCCUACAUGGCCGCCCCCAUCCUCCCGUCACUCACGAGUCCACCGACGAUGGCGCCGCUACCUGGCCCCUCGGUCCCGCCCAUGCACUCUGCCCACUCCAUGCUUCCUGACCCGUACCAGCUCGGUGGCUACCCGACCGAGCAGCCCCAACAGCCCAAGCCCUCGGGACGGCUAGGUGUCAAGCGCAGGCAGAAGUACACGCGAACGAGGACGGGGUGCCUGACGUGCCGCGCCCGGAGGAUCAAGUGCGACGGCGCCCGGCCAUCGUGUCGUAAGUGCAACGUCGCCAAGCGCGAGUGCAAGUUCCCGCACCCCGACGAGAUCUCGCGCAAGGGCAAGUCAAAGGACAACAAGGCCCCCGCUGCCCCUCCCUCUACGGCCUCGUCUCAUGCCUCGUCCAAUGUAGGCCAGAGCCCGCCGUACCAGGGCAACUCCCCUGUUGGGUCUUCUUCGAGCUCGGGCCAGACGGCCAAGUUUGACAUUGCCUCGGCCUUCCCCGAAGGCUUCGACUUUGCUGGCACGCCACUGGGAUGGGACCGUGCCUCCUCCGCCGCAGCGGUCGGCACCUUCCUCGAGGCAGCGUUGAUGGACAGCCUGCGGACACGCACGGUGCCGCCGGCGUCGGACCAGAAUGCUCAGGCGGCGGCGCGCGAGGCGUGGCUGUCGUCCCCGAUCUUCACGACGCCCAACUUUCUCGCCCCCUGGUUUCCAACCCAGCAGGAGCAGUCUCUCAUCCUGCACUACUGCGCCAACGCGGCUGAUCUGAUGAUGGCCAUCCCGACAGCUUUCAACCCCAUGAUGGCGAUCAACCUCCCGAUGGCGCUCAACAUGCCCCGCGGCGCUGAUGCGGCGACGGACGCACUGCGCAUCUCUCUCCUCGCUACUGGCGCCGUGCACCAGGCAUUUCUCCUAGCCCGCUCCAACGCGAAUGCGACCCAGACCAGCGCCAUGUUCCAGUACGCUGCGAACCUGCGCGACGCGGCGAAGAGCAUGAUCCGCUCUGCGCCCGGGAACACGAGCGAGGCAGCGCUCAGCGCAUGCACUUCGCUUGCGAGCCUCGACAUUCUCUUCGGCGGAACAGGGUGGACGGACAAUUUUGACCUCGCCAAGGCCAUCGUCGCCAACCGCGGAGGACCCGCAAAGCUGCUCGAGACCUCGGCGCCGACGCAGCUCAGCGAGGGCAUGACGGUGACCCCCGCCAGGUUGAUUCUGGAGGUGCUCACGAUCUACGAGACGCUCGGCUGCCUGACGACGGGCCGGGAGCCGGAGCUCCUGACAGAGGAGAACGCAGAGUGGUGGUUCCAGAAGCCCGUCAACAGCCCCAUGUCCCCCACCGCGCACAACUUUGAGCACUACAGCGUGGAGAACCAGUUCGGCGUGUCCAAGGUCAUCGUCCACCUCCUCAACGGCGUUGCGCGCCUCCUCGCCCGCAUUGAGCGGUACAACCGCGGCGAGCCCCUGCCCGAGCUCUCGGCCAACGCGACCACGUCGCCCACCAACCCCCUCGCUGCAAGCAUUACCAUGCCGACGGGAUUCCUGGGCUUCGACUCGGGUCCCUCUUCUGUCAGCUCGAGCACCGUCUCGAGCAACGGCCCCACGCCCCUGCCGGCCGACCAGCGGCCGAGCUUCGACCGCGCCGGCAGCAGUGCGUCCAGCGUCAGCGGCCCGCACACGAAGGAGCUUGCGCGCACGGCCAAGACGCUCCUCGCCGACGUCAACCUGUGGAUCGACAACCUGACCAACUCGCCGAACGAGAUCCACGAGCGCGUUCAGGUCGGCAACCAGGCUUAUGCCUACACCAUGAAGAUCCUCAUCCUCACCUCGGCCUUUGGCAUCCCCAAGGACUCGCCCAUCAUCCAGGAGGCCGCUGAGCAGGUGCUUCAGAACUGCUCCUUCUCCACUGCCGCGCUCGGCAUGAGCCUUGACCUCAUGUGGCCGGCCAUUGUCGCUGGUUCUUGCUUCGCGCCCGGGAACUCGAGGCAGUGGCUCACUACUCUCUUUGAGGGUUUCAAGUCGCAGUGCUGCUUCGAUGUCGACACGGCGUCGACUAUCAUCAAUGAGGUCUGGAGGCGCUCGGACGCCAGUCUGCCUAGAGCGGACUGGAAGCCCGUGUGCGACGACUUCGGCCUCCAGGUCUUGUUGUGUUAA